AUGAAACAUUUUACACAAGAUGAGAAUAAAAGUACUAUGAUAAAACUUGAUAUGAAUAUUUGGCAAAGUCUUAUUAAUGAUUCAUCUAAGAGAAAAAUUCCUAGAUAUAUACAUCAAAUUUGGAUCUCAUCUAUAAAUCAUGAAGAAAUGUAUGAUAGAUUUCGAAUAGCUGCCAAUUCUUGUAUUGAAUUGCAUUUGAACUAUAACUACACACUAUGGACUCAUGAAAAAAUUAAAAGUUGGUUAACAAUUUAUUAUUCAUGGUUUUUACCCAUUUAUGAAAAUUAUCGAUAUGAUAUGCAACGAAUUGAUGCUGUGAAAUACGUUUUAUUAUUUCAUUUUGGUGGUAUCUAUAUUGAUCUUGAUCUAAAAUGUAAAGCUCAAGAUUUGAUUAGUGCUAUGUUGCCUUUAGAUAAACGAGAUAAUGAACCUGAUAUUAUACUUCAUAUGGGUGCAGAGGGAAUUUCAGCAAAUACAGACAUCAUGGCAGCAAAACGAUUUCAUCCAUUUUUUAAAUUAGCUGUUAGUCAACUUAAAGCAGCAAAUCGUUGGUUUUAUUUAUACCAUUUAACUAUAAUACUUAGCGCUGGUCCGACUUUUCUUUAUGGUAUUUAUCGACAAUUCCCAUUUAAAAAUGUUUUUUAUUACGUACCAAAUAGUUUAUUAUUUGGAAAAUUAAUUGAAUGUGUUGGUGGAGAAACAUGGCAUGGUCAAGAUACUAUACUUAUAAGUCGUUUUAUGCAAAACAAAAUGUGGUCAAGUUUUAUGGCAUUUGUUUUAAUUAUAAUUUUAUGUGUUAUUUUUAAAAUUUUAAAGAAAAAACGAUAUCGAUAA